CAUACCUUAUUCAUCAUCGAGUAAGAUAGUUGACUGCAUUAGUUUUACAAAUUUAAUAUUGUUGUGUGUGCUUCGUGUUCAUCAAAUAAUAUUAUGGACACCUCUAACCACGGAUCCGUUAAGGAUAUGGGAGACAUUGGAGAAGUUUUACGUGACGUGACUGAUUUAUCUCCUGAAGAUUUGAAAAAACAGAACAGAAACCUACAAAAAUUUUUAGUUAAAGUGAUUGAUAUGUUAAAAGAAAAGGCUGACCGAUGCGUCACACAAGAAAAACAUAUUGAAGCGCUCACAUUACAAACGAAUUCAUUGAAAGAAGUUGUGGACAUCACAAAGCAUAUGCUGUCUAUUCGUAAUACAGAAGUGAAUCGUAUGACGGAAGAUUUGGAAAGUCUUCAAGGCAAAAUUAACGAGGAGAGAAGUCGUCACAGUGCAAUAAUUGAAAAAAUGAAUUUAGCUGCUAAAUUAAAUGAUGAACUCAGAUCUGAAUAUAAACAACAAUCUGAACGUUUUGAAAAUAUGCGCGUUAAGUACGACGAAAAGUUUUCGAUACUUUCGGAUGAAAAUAAAAGAUUACAAGAUGCACUGCCCACUAAAACGACCGAUUGAAGAACUUUUCCUAACUAUCUAUUUUAAAUAAUUAAGAAUAGAAAUCACAAAGUCAGCUUCAUUGAACAUAUCCGGACAUUCAUAAUUGAACCUAAAUCAUAUCAAACACAAUUGUUUUU